AUGGUCGUCCCCGACAAGUAUCGUAACCCUCCCCAGGCGCCGCCGCUGUUCACCGCCACCCCCGAAUCGAUUGCCGCCGAAACCAAGAAGCUCUGCGACACCACCAAGGUUGUCUUGGACUCCGUGGCCGCCAAUGUCUCCUUAGACAAGGCCAACUAUGCCAACGUCCUUGAGCCCAUCCUCUUGGACGAGAAUCUGGCCGCGACUCAGCGACGGAUCCUGACCUUCUACCACCACGUCUCCACCGACAAGGCGUUGCGAGAUGCCUCCACCGAGUCCGAGAAGGUCUUCAACGACUUUGGCAUUGAGUGCAACAUGCGAGAGGACAUCUUCAAGGUCGUCGAUGCCGUCUUUGCCAACCGAGCUUCGGAAGACCUAGACAAGGAGCGCAUGCACGUGCUGGAGAAGGAACGUCAGAAGUACAUCCGCAACGGUCUCCGCUUGCCGGCUGGACCUCAGCGAGAUCGUUUCAAGGAGAUCCAGAAGCGCCUCAGCGAGCUGGAGAUCCAGUGCCAGACCAACCUCAACGAGGAGAAGGGUGCUAUCUGGUUCACACCUGAGGAGCUCAAGGGCGUUCCUUCCGACGACAUCGACAUCGAAACCUUGGAGAAGGGAACCGGAGAGAACGAGGGCAAGGUGAAGCUCUCGUUCAAAUACAACCACUUCUUCCCCCUCAUCAAGCACUGCGUCAACGCAGACACCAGACGCCAGUACACCGUUGCUGAAUCUAACAAGGCGAACAUCAACGUGCCUCUUUUCCAGGAAAUCAUCACUCUCCGUGAUGAGGCCGCUCGACUUCUCGGAUAUGCCAACCACGCCAGCCUCCGGAUCGAGGAGAAGAUGGCCAAGGACCCUGCCUCCGUGAGCGAGUUUUUGGGCGACCUUCGCACUCGACUUGCUGCUGGCGGAAAGACCGAGAUUCAGGCCCUUUUGGACUACAAGAAGAAUGAUUACAAGGAGCGUGGCGUUGACUUUGACGGCGAAUUCUACAUGUGGGACUCGUCCUUCUACUCGAGAAUCCAGAAAGAAAAGGAGUACAGUGUUGACGAGACGGCCAUCUCCCAGUACUUCCCUGUCGAGUCAACCUUUGCUGGCAUGCUCAAGAUUUUCGAGGAAAUCUUUGGCUUCGUCUUUGUGGAGCUGAAGGAAGAGGAGCGAGCCCGGCUCAGCCCGACUGGAAAGGCCGAGGACAUCGUUUGGCAUGAGGAUGUCCUGGUCUACAGCGUCUGGGACGACGAGGCCUCGGGCGCUGGGUUCUGCGGCUACCUCUACCUUGAUCUCCACCCCCGCGACAACAAGUACGGCCACAACGCCAACUUCAACCUCGAGCCUGGAUAUAUUACCGCGGACGGCAAGAAGCACUACCCGGCCACGGCUCUAGUUUGCAACUUCAGCAAGCCUUCCGCGAAGAAACCCUCCCUCCUCAAGCACAACGAAGUGGUUACCCUGUUCCACGAGCUGGGCCAUGGAAUUCACGACUUGGCUGGACGCACUCGUUACAGCUACUUCCACGGUACUUCCACGGUGCUCGACUUUGUUGAGGCUCCUUCGCAGAUGCUGGAGAACUGGUGCUGGACCCCCAGUGUUCUCAAGUCUUUGUCUAAGCACUGGGAGACCAGCGAGCCGAUUCCCGAUGACCUCAUCGAGAGGCUGAUUUCGACAAAGCACCUGAACUCGGCUAUCGGUGCGCUCGGACAGAUUGUCAUCGGAACCUUUGACAUGACCGUCCACACUCCCGAGACCCAUGAGGCUGUCAAGAACUUGAACGCUGGCCGACUUUGGAACACACUGCGACAUGAUAUUUCUGGAAUCAAAGGCCCAGAGGACCUUGGAGAAGGCUUGGAAUGGGGCAACCGCCACGCCGGAAUCGGCCACUUCAUCGGAGGGUAUGAUGCUGGCUACUAUGGCUACCUCUACUCUGAGGUAUUCUCUCUCGACAUGUUCCACUCGUUCUUCGUGAAGAAUCCCAUGGACGGAAAGGAGGGCAGGAGAUAUCGCCACACAGUUUUGGAGAGAGGAGGCAGUAUCGAUGAGAUGGAGUUCUUGAAGGAGUUCCUGGGCAGAGCACCAAGCACCGAGUCCUUUUACAAGGAACUUGGGCUCACUUCGAAGGCGUAA